AUGUUCCGAGGGAGGCGGGGUUGGUUCUGUCGCAGCGUUAGCGCAGACCUGAGGGCGCUUUGGGUGGCCGAAGGGGGGACGAUCAGUGGCCCGCACGCCGCCGACUUUUUAUUCAGCUGUGACGCCUCUCACCCAGACACACUGAGAAUUUACCAGAGCCUUGAUUACAUAGAGGAUAAAGCUACCGUUUUUCAUGCCUACUAUCUCUCUGUAGUAGCUCAUGCUGACAUGAAAACCUCAGUGCCUUUAGGCCAUUUCAUCCUUCCUCCUGCCUGCCUGCAAAAAGAAAUAAGAAGAAAAAUUGGUAAAUUUAUUUGGGAACAAGACCAACAUUCCUCGGUAGAAAAGCAUAAUGAAGAAACAUCCAGUGAAAACGAGACACUUAAAGAAAACAGUGACGUAGUAAGAAAGCACAACAAAGAAUUAUCCAAAAGCACAGAAACUCGUUUUAAAAAGACUCCACUUGUAGAAAAGCAGAUGUACUUCCCUCUUCAGAAUUAUCCAGUGAACAACAUGGUAACAGGUUACAUAUCAAUUGAUGCCAUGAAGAAAUUCCUUGGGGAGCUACACGACUUUGUUCCUGGAAGCUCAGGAUAUUUAGCAUACCAUGUUCAAAAUGAAAUUAACAUGUCUUCCAUAAAAAACAAAUUGAAGAGAAAACACUAA